AUGGAUUUAGAUAGCUCCGACGAAGAAAUAUAUUUGUUAGCAAGAUUACUUGAAAUAGAACAUAGGAAACGUAAGCGCAAGCGGAAACAAAUAUGGGUAAAACAUAUUUGGAAAAACAGACUAAUCCAUGGGGAGUUUCACACCAUUUUCGAGGAAUUGAAGAGAGAUAGCCUAAAAUUUUAUGAGUAUUAUCGUAUGGAAUAUUGGCAAUUUUUGAAAUUGACAGAUUUGUUAAGAGUACAUAUAACAAAAAAGACUACAAAUUAUCGUUGCACCAUUACAGCCGAAGAAAGGUUAACGGUAACUUUAAGAUUCCUCAUCACUGGUUGCAGUUUCAAAAACUUGUCAUUUAAUUUUCGAAUGGGAAUUUCUACAGUUCAUUCAAUUAUUCAUGAGACAAUCAGAGUAAUUUGUGAUGUUUUGAUGCCCAUAGUUAUGCAGAUGCCAGAUGAAGAAAUGUGGGAAAAGUACAGUGUUACUAGCUGUGGUCGACGCGAAAUACAGUUUUUUAAUUGUUGAUGUCGGAUCAUAUGGUAAAAAUAGCGACGGCGGAAUUUUACAGAAUUCAAAAUUUUGGAAAAAACUCAACACCAAUAAGUUAAAGCUGCCCCCAAAUAAACCUCUACCUAGUACCACUGAAAGC